CACACACACACACACGACCGAUGAUAAUAUCAAGUAUUUUUUUUAUUUUUUUUUUUUCUUAAUAUUAUUUCGCUAGUCGCGCUACUACACGACUAGCUACCCGUGUGCUAUCCAAGAAAAAAAAUAAUAAUAAUAAUAAUAACGCCGUCUGUACAAUAAUUACGGACCCGGGACCGCAGUCGCCGCACGCUGCACGGUCGGCAAAUCGCUAAGAACGGACGGACGGCCUUAUGCAUCGCGGGAACGUCGUCAGGUUGAACGACGAAUAUAAUGUGUACGAUGGGACCGGCGGCGGCGGAGUUGGCGAGGCGACGACCACGACGAUGAUUUACGUCAAGAAAGAAUGUACAAUUAUGGAUGAGGACGAUGACAACAAAAUUCACUUGCUGCAUCUCCAGCCGGACCACCAGCUGCAGCAUCACGACGCCAACGGAAUCGACGAUGUGAGUAUUAUCGACGACAGGUGCCUUCCAAGUGUAUCUAAGUAUUUAAUAUAUUACGGAAAAAAAAAAAAAUAUAAUAAUAAUUCGAAAACUGUGCCCUUACGUGCCCCCCUGUCCCCACACAUCGUUGACAAAAUAGUCGCCAAGCCGUACACCUGUAUCCUGCCCUUUAUUAUUGAUUACCUACUACCCGAGUUUAAUCCCCAAUUGUUUGUAAAUUAGCGAGAGAUAAUAAUUCAUUAGUCCGCCGUUUGUCAGUGGGGUCAUUAUUUUGUACUUACAGACAUUAAUAGUUGUGUGAGUAUUGUUUGAAAUCAAAAAAAUAAAUAUUUAAUUAUUAUUUACUAUUAGGUACAUAUAAUAAUUCAUUUACAGUGAUUAACUGUGUGAAGUGCACAAGUACCUACUUAAAAUAUUAAUGAAUUCUAAUGUAUUUUUAUGUACCUACCUAUUUAAAUUUGAAAAAAAAAACUGAAGAAAUAUCAUCAGUGACUUCUAAUUAAGUAAGAUAUAAUUUAAUAUAAAUUAUAAUAUACACGUAACAAAUAUUACUUGGCUGAAAUAAACUAAUGAACGUUGUAAUGUUUGCCUUUUAGACGGCUAAUUAAAAUAUUGUAUCAACAAAAAGCAAAAAAAAAAAUAAUAUUUUUAUACUGCCAAAUCUAAUGGACCCUACAAUGUUUUAGUGGUUUUAACUCAAAAUUAGACCUGGGUGGGAUAAGGCUAAGAAGAAGAAUUAGACAAUGACACUUUGCAGUCUGGUCCAAAAUUACCUGUACCGGCUUUACCUACUAAAGGUAUCUAAAUUAUAAUUUAAUCAUGUUACUUAAUUUGUCAGAAAAAAGUAUCUUUUAUUAUUUUACUUCUUGUCAGUAUGAAAAUACCAUCAUUACAUUUUAAUAAAAAUGUGAAAAUUAUCUGUUAAAUAGCUUAUAGUGUCUUUAAAUGUGUCUCUAGAAAAAUAUAUUUAAAAAGAACCCAAAUAUUCUUUAAUUUCCAUAAUUAAGAUUUAACAGAUAAAAUUUGUAUCUUAUUGUAUAGGUAGGCAAUAAAAUUAAAUAAGAUUAAAUGUUUUUAUCAGUAACAAACUUAUUAUUUAUUUAUUAUAUUGAUAGUUAUGUAGAUUUAUAGAUUUUAAUAUUUUAAAACUACUACUCACAUAGUCAGAACAUUAUAAUAUAAAACUAUAUUGUUACUAUGAAAUAUUUAGCUAAUAACUAAAUAGGAUUAAUUAUUAAUUUAAAAAAUAGGACUCAAUUAUUAUUUAUUAAAAAACAGAACAACAUUGUAAAUUAUUAAUUGCUUAUUAACUAAAUAAUUGUUAUCGUUUAGGAAAUUUAAGGAAGCCAAUCAGUUUUAUUGUACAAGCAUUUAUAAAGUUUUCAAGUAUACAAAAAAAAAAAACUACACUUCUCACAAGAUUGAUAUACUUGCAAAUAACAUUAGAUAUUCAAAUAUUCAAUUGCAUAAGACAUUUUCUAUGUGGAUAUCUUAUAUAAUGUGUAUUGAAUGUUGAACCACAGUAAAAAAAUAUCAAAAACUAAAUAAAAAUUGUUUUUAUUGAUUUGUAUAUUUUUGAACACUUUUUUUUAGGUUUUAUGAAGAUGAACAGAUACCAUGAUGGCUGUUCUGUGCAAAUAGGAAACUUAAGUUUUUAAUGACCACUUUUAAAAUUAUUUCCAGACAUGUAAAUUAAAUCCAUAAAUUAUUUCACUGACUAUAUGAGAGCAGAAAUAUCAUAUAGUUCAGUUAAAGAUAAAACUUAAUUUCAACAUACAAUCUUUACUCAUUGUGUUGCUCAUAGUUGGUGGUGUGUUUAGGACUUUGCUGCUUUGGGUACACAUUAUUUUUUUAAUGUCCCUUUUAUCCAACCAUUUUUUUGUAUACUGGUAAUUUUCUUUACCCAUAAAAAACUAAUAACACAUGUGAUAUGAUAUAAUAGUAUCAUAUAGUAUCAUCGAGUGCCCCAAAAUGAUAUAUACAUAAGUAUCCUCAUGCAAAAAGUUACCAAGCGAAAUAAAUAAUUAUACAUCUAAAUAUUUCCUUCAAGUAGAGAAAAAACAAAUAAUUAAAAUUUUAAAAUACAUAGGUUGUUAUAUUUAGAUCAAGUAUUAAUUUUAAAUAUAACUGUAAAAAUGAAACCAACAAAGGUAAAAAUUCACUUUUUGCAUAACGGUGAAAUCAUAUAUGUAUUGAAAUUGAAUAUUAGUCAUAUCCCCUCAUAUCCAUAUACAUUAUACAUUAGUAAAAAUUGAGUGUUCAAAUAUAUUCAAAUUAUUUAAAUGACUUAAAUAUUAAUAAUUUAUACAUUUUAGUACUCAAUUAUUUUAUUUCACUAUAAAGUAAAUAUUUACUUAUUAGUAUUUACCAAGCUUUAAUAUUUGCUAAUAUAAUCUAAAAGCAUAAAUGAUGGUUGUUAAAAAUUAUUAUGUUAAAUUUAAUAAAGAUGAUAUUAAAGAUAUGAAAAAGAAUAUUUCACUUCAAAUAUUUUAUAACUCAUAUCAAAUGUUCCUACUCUCCUUAACACUUCUUAUUAGUUCUAAUAUAUGUAAAAGAAAUUUUCAUCUAUGAAGAAAAUAAAAAUAUAGUCAAGAACAACUAUGGCAUAUGCAACAAAAAUAAUUAGACAGUAUUUGUAUUGUAUAUAAAAUAAAACUAAAACAAUAAAAUAUAAUAAUACUGUUUUUUCCAAACAUUAUUAGAACAGUUUUUUAUUGUUUUCACAAGAAAUUUUUUUAAGUAUAACUUAAUUUAGUGUCAUUUUUAUUUUUACAGGAUAAACCACCACCACGGCGAUUAUGUCUGGUUUGCGGGGAUGUUGCCUCAGGUUUUCACUAUGGUGUAGCAUCAUGUGAAGCAUGCAAAGCAUUCUUCAAACGCACCAUACAGGGUUUGUAGUUUGUAUUUUUAUAAAUACAAAUAAGUUGUAUGAAAGUCAAGUAACCUUACUAUAGAUAAUAGUUCUCACCAAUAAAAUUAAAGUGCCUACAAAUACCUAUGGGUCUAAUUUUUUUUCUAUGAUUAAGAUAUUACCUAUUAUUCCAUUAUAAUAUUUUGUCAUAGCAUAUAUGAUAAAUAAUGGUAGUGAAUAGUAAUAAGUAAUAAUAAUAAUACUGGUCAUCGAUUACUAUUAUUAUUUUAUUUUAUUAUAAAGGUAACAUCGAAUACUCUUGUCCUGCAAAUGGAGACUGUGAAAUUAACAAGAGGAGGCGGAAAGCGUGCCAGGCAUGUCGGAUGCAGAAAUGUUUGAGAACAGGAAUGCUGAAAGAGGGGGUGCGUCUUGAUAGGGUACGUGGUGGACGUCAAAAAUAUCGCAGACAAACAUCUACUCCUAUUGCAGUCACUUCAAUUUCUGUCGUACAACCUACACAGCAAUCUCUACACCAGCAGCAACAAGGCCAACAACAAUCAUUUAAUAAUGUUUUCAACAACACCAAAAUGACUACCCCAAACAAUUACCAUAAUAUGUCACACAAUAACAAUGUAGGUGGAACAGGAGGUUGGAACAACAAUAAUGAAGAUAGUAUGUGCAUCAAACAAGCUGCAUCAACUGAUGCAAUAAGGGAAUGUGGUGAGUAUUAUAAUAUUAGUAUAGUUAUUGAUGUAUAAAAAUUUGUAAUACAUUUUACUCUUAGGAAAAAUGUUGGAAGCACUAAGGCAAUGUGAGCCAGAGAUGCCAACACUGUUGGGUGGUGGAGAUGGGUCGACUAAUGCUGUUGUUACAAUGGACUUUUUCACACAGUCUACUACCAUGAGUAUAAGGCCACAAGCACCAAGCACAGUUGUGGCCAGUAAUGGCAGUGGUUUAAUUGAGGAUGUCAUAUCAUCAACAUCUUCACCGUCAUCAUCUUCAACAGUAUCAUUACCAACUUCUGCUGCUUCAAUGGUGGUGCACACUUUAGCUGAACUUUAUGAUAGGGAGCUGGUGAGCACUAUUGGCUGGGCCAAGCAGAUACCUGGUGCGUGUUAAUUAAUAUAGGUGUACUAUUAUAUAAUAUUUAAAUAUGUGAAGUAUACUAUAUAUGUAUAACUGUUAAUUAAUAUCACUAAAAAAAAAAAAAACACAAUAUCACUGGCAUUUUAAUAUAGUAUAAACAAGUCCUAAUUAAGAUGUAAUAUGAAUCCCAGUGCUAAACUUUUAAAUGAUGCUUCUUUUUUUUUUCUUACGAAAGAGUUAACUUAAUUAUAAACUAACCAAAUCACAAAAUCUCAAUGUUUGGUAUGGUACUCUAUUAUUAUUAUGAAUCAUCUUAUAGAAAAACAAAAUAAUCUUUAAUCUAAUCUUAAAUUUUGGUUUUUAUUUUUGAACCGCAGACAUUUAAAUAAAUUGAAGUGAGAAAUAACAUUAAUAGCUAUGCUUGUAAUAUUAAAUCAUAUAAAAUAAAAAAAUAAAUAUUAAUCUUAAACAAAAAUAAAUAAUUGUGAGUUAAAUACCCAGUAAAAUUGAAUAAUAAUAAUUUCUUUACCUUUAUAUCUAUUAUAAUAAAACUAUUUUGUAUUAAUUUAACAAAUAUUGUUUUGUCAUCAGUGUUAACAAUAUUGUUAUUGAUAACACCAUGAAAAUGCUCCUAUAAAAAUAUUUAAAAUAACUAAUAGUCCACAAUUACUGGGUCAUUCAAUACCAAGUUUUGUGUAUAGGAACCAUGGAACAAAUCAAUCUUAUACUCAUUAUGAUUAUGUAUGUAAAUUAAAUUUAUGCCAAAGGGUUUUAUUUCCUUUAACCAGUAUUGCAAGACAAAACCUUAUCCAAGUAUUUAUGAUCCACAGGAUUUACAGACCUAUCACUCAACGACCAAAUGCGUUUAUUGCAGUCCACUUGGGCAGAAUUGUUGACAUUAACCAUGGCAUACCGGUCCCUGGAACAGUUCAAUAAUCAAAAUGUUGAUGGUGGCGAAGAGAAGAGUACUUGCAGUCCAAAAUUACGAUAUGCCACAGACUAUUGGUUGGAUGACAAGUUGGCCAAAGAGUGUUGUUCGAUGAGUAAUACCAGUGCGGCCAUUACAACAACUACUGGCAGUACAUCCAGCAGUAUAGCUGGAGCGGCAACAUCUACCGUACUAGACAUUUAUAACUUGGUUAGUUUUGAUCUGAUAUCUGAAAUCUAAUGCCUAUUUUUAUACCUAAAUUAUUAUGAGGUUAUCAUUAACUUCAUAAACUUUGUAUUUAUAAUUGAAAACUGCAAUGUAUUAUACUCUAAUUCAAAUAAAUUACUGAGGCGAGAUUAAUUUUACUGCCUAUUUACAGCAGAUUUCACUAACUAAUGUUAAUCGCUGUGAAUAGACCUUAAUCACAAUUAACACAGUUAAUCGGAGAUUUUGAAUUUCACUAAAUCCGUUUAACCACAAUAACGUAGGUUAGGUUUAGGUUAGAAUUAAUGAGGUGUAAAUACUUGGCUUAUCAGUUGAUUUAAAACAUUACUGCAGUUAAAAUUGCUGCUAAAUUUGCUGUCUACCCGAUAGAGGACUAGAAAUUUUAUUAUUUGUAUGUAUUUUAAUAGGAAAAAGAUGAAAAUUUUGGACAUAUUCUAUUUUUUCUAUUUUAAAAGUGCAUUUAAAAUGAUACUCUUAUGAAGAUAAAUUAUAGUAUAUUAGUCAUGAAUAAUAUAAUAUAGGUACCUACCUACCUGAUAUGUGUUAAUAUGUAACUAUUGCUUGAACAAUUUUAUAUUUUGAUAUGAUUAUUAUUAAGAGGUAGUACCCAUAAUUACUUUUGGUAAUAAUUAAUAAUAAUACUUUUGUUAAUAAUAUUAUAUUAUUAAAAUAUAUUUUAUUAUAGUCUUAACUUUUUUUAAAUAUUUUGAUUUUUUUUUUUUUUUGGUCUGACACUUGGUUAUUAUAUUUUCUCUUGCAAAAAUUUGUCUAGUAUUUAAAAAAAAUUGUAUCAAGAACUUACAAAAUAUAUUUUACAAUUUUAUUUAAACACUAGAAUGAUUUUUGCUGUAGAAAAUAUAAUAACCAAAAAACAAUUCUGGACUAUUAUAAAAUAUAAUUAUAUUAUUAACAAAAGUAUUAUUAUUACUUAUCAUUUAAUAGGUAAUAGGUGAUAAGUAAUAAUUAAGUGUCUAACCAAAAAAAAAUUGUGAUUAGUGUGUUGUGAAAUCCAUAUGUUAAUAAAUCAUGAUUAACUUUUAACCUCAAAUAGUUCUAUUACUUUAAGGCCAGUUCUCAUCAAUGUAAAUGUUAAUUUUCAAACCGAGUUUAAAAGAUAAUCAACCAAUUGUAAUUUGAGAACAAGUAGACAUUGUACACAUAAUUACUCUUUGGUUUUAUUAAUUAUUUUAAAAUUCCAUAAAAACAAAACAAAAUAUACUUUUAUUAGAAAAGUAAAUACUAAAACUAACCUAACUUAACCUCAUUAUUAAAGGAUAACAAAAAUAUCAGUUUUAUUCUUCUUUUUUUCGGGGAUACAUGUUCAGUCGGCUCACAUCGUUCGACAAUUGAGGGCCUUGAAUGGAGGUUGUGGUUUAACUGCAGAUCAGUACUACCUACUCAAGGCAUUAGUCCUGGCCAAUUCAGACGAUCUGACAAUAGCAUCAUCUUCAUCUUCAUCAGCAGCGCUCUCAGAAACAGAAUCUGUAGCAACAACCACAACAACUGACCUACAACAUGGCAAUGGUACCAAUAACAGAUCAUUGCCGAAAGGCAGUACACCUCCCCUUUCAGCUGUUCAUCAAUUUCGCGCUACCAUCGCCCGUGCUCUUCAAACACAUCUCGAAAUGACCACAACUCCGCCGCCUUGUUGUUACUGUACAUCCUGCUGCGGUAACAACAGUUUUCAUCCUGGCAGUGUCGAGUUUGGUACGUCCGCUUCAUCCAAGCUAAUCGAAAUGCUCAUGUGCUUACCAGCACUUCGACAGGCUGAUCAACUGAUCCGGCAGUACUGGACGCGGGUGCACCGAGAAAAUCAACAAGAGCAAGUGGUGGGCGGCGUGCAAACUCAGCAGACUGCGGCAGUAGUUGGUGUCCAUCACACAGGUGCUACAGCCACCCCUACAGCUACUGGGUAUAGUUGGCAGUCCUCGGUUGCUGGCAACCGAAAUGGCAGUGGUGUCAAAAUGAACAAACUCUUUGUGGAAAUGUUAGAGGCCUGUCUUAGGUGAUAUCACCGCGAGUAGUGUACUACACACUGGUUUCUGAUCAAUUUCUUCAAAAUGUCAAACAUUCAGGGUUAUAUUAUAAUAUUUUUAGUUUGUAUAGCCCGUUGAUUAUUAUAGCCCAAAAGUAGGACAUUAAUUAUAUAACAAUAAAUAUUAUAGUGUAGUGAUUAUUAUUAUUAUUUUUUUUUUUUUUUGAUUUUUGUUAAAUAUACCAUGCCCACUCCACAUACCAUUCAUAAUUUUUUUUAUUAUUGGACACUAUCCUGGGCGAAAAAUUAUGAACAUUUAUACAAAUAUAUUAUACUAGAUAUCUAUACCCAAUUGUUGUAGUUGACAUGCAAAUUUUAUCCAGAAAAUAUUUGGUGUUGUAGGUUAUAUA